UAACAAGUCUGUCCGGCAGAGCGUGAACAACAGUGCGACAAAUGUCUCUCUACAGGAAUAUAGUGUGGUUUAUUAAGGGAAUGUGGGAGUAUACAAGGUCUGGAUUUGAUUAUGCCUCUAAGAGUUUUGUGGCGAAGGAUCUGGAUGUGUCCAUGGUCGGACGUUCCUUCAUGAUCACUGGAGCCAACAGCGGAAUAGGAAAGGCGACAGCUAUGGCCAUAGCCAAAAAAGGUGGCACUGUCCAUAUUGUUUGCCGAAACAAAGAGCGAGCCGAGAGAGCAAGAGAAGAAAUAGUCUCAACCAGUGGAAAUACUGAGGUUCACGUGCAUGUGUUGGAUCUCUCAGAGUCAAGGAAAGUUUGGGAGUUUGCAGAGGCAUUUAAGAAGGAGCAUUCCUUUCUCAAUGUUUUGAUCAAUAAUGCCGGCUGUAUGGUGAAUCAGAGGGAAAUGAACCCUGACGGACUGGAGAAAAACUUUGCAACCAAUACUCUUGGUGUUUAUAUUCUCACAAAAUGUCUAAUCCCGUUGUUGGAGAAAAGCAGGGACCCUCGAGUUAUCACAGUGUCAUCAGGGGGGAUGCUGGUACAGAAACUGGACACAGAUGACCUGCAGACAGAGAGAGCUCAGUUUGAUGGUAACAUGGUAUACGCACAGAACAAGAGGCAGCAGGUGGUAAUGACAGAAGUUUGGGCAAAAGCUAAUCCCAAAAUUUUUUUUUCUGUGAUGCACCCUGGGUGGGCUGACACACCAGCGGUUGCCACAGCGAUGCCUCAAUUCCAUCAGAUGAUGCGUGAUCGUCUGCGUACGGCGGAGCAGGGAGCUGACACGGUCAUCUGGCUCGCUGUUUCACAAGCAGCCACUGCAUUUCCCAGUGGCCUUUUCUUUCAAGAUAGGACACCAUUUCCAGCUCACUUGCCUCUUGCGUGGACGCAUAGCUCUCGACAUGAAGUCAAAGUGUUCAUGGGCCGCUUGGAGACUUUGGCGAUGGCUGUCAAACCAUCAGAGUGAGGACACACAUCUAAAGAGGCAUUCACACUGAGAGAAUAAAAAGUUGGAAGGUGCUGGACUGUUGGAGAAAACUUGAAGACAUUUUAAGUGUGGGAUAUAUCACCAUAAAUGAAAAUUCUGUCAUCAUUUAUAGUCUCCUUUCACUUUCAUUGCAUAUUUUUUUAUACAAUGAAAAUGAAUAGUGACCUAGUGUGUCAUUGCCUAACAUUCUGCCUACUUUUGCGAUCCAUGGAAGAAAGAAAGUCAUAUGGUUUUGGAACAAUAUGAGGGUGAGUAAAUGAUGACAGAAUUUUCAUUUUUGGGUGAACCAUCCUUUUAAUAAAUAAACUAUAACUCGCUCAUGUUAUGUGAAAGAGAGCUUUACAGCCACUAUGUAAACACGGUAACACUUUACAGUAAGGUUCCAGUUGUUAUUGCAUUAGGUAUCAUGAACUAACAAUUCAUUUUAUAUUUUUAACAGCAUUUAUUAAUCUUGGUGCUUAGUUUAUAAAAAUACAGUUGUUCAUUGUUGGCUCAUAUUAGUUCAUAAUGCGUUAACUGAUGUUACCUAUACAUAUUUAAUUAAAAAAAUGUAUUAGUAUACUGAAAUUAAGAUUGUAACCAAGAUUAAUAAAUGCUGUAAAAGUAUUGUUCAUUGUAACUUCAUGUUAACUAAUGUUGAAGGAUAGUUCACAUAAAAACAAAACAAAGAUUUUAAGAAUAUGUCAGCUCUGUAGGUCCAUAAAAUGCAAGUCAACAGGGUACAAAACCUUGAAGCUCAAAAAGGCACAUAAAGGCAGCAUUAAAGUAAUUAAUACGACUCCAGUGGCUAAAACCAUACCUUUAGAAGCGAUAUGAUAGAUUUGAGUUGAGAAACAUAUUAAUAUUGGUCAUUUUUUACUAUAAAUUCUCCUCCCUGCCCAGUAGGUGGCAAUAUGCAUGAAUAAUAUGAAUUGCCAAAAACAAAAGAAAAAUAACUUUUAGGAGUGAAGAGCGCUUAGAGUUUGAAAGUGGAGAUUUAUUGUCAAAAAAGGACUUAAAUAUUGAUCUGUUUCUAAACCACACUUUCAUAUAGUUUCUGAAGAUAUGGAUUACUUUUAUGCUGCCAUUUUAUGCUUUUUUGAGCUUUAAAGUUUUGACCAUGUUGACAUGCAUUGCAUCUGCUAAAAAUCUUCAUUGUGUUCAGCAGAAGAAAGAAAGUCACAUACUGGGAUGGCAUGAGGGUGAGUAAAUGAUGGGAGAACUUUCAUUUUCAGGUGAACUGUUUCUUUAACAAAUGGAAACUUAUUGUAAAGCGUUACAGAGAAAGCUUUCAAUUUCUCUGUAACAACUACAGAAAGGUUUUCUUAAAAAGCAACAGUUUAAGGUGUUUAACCAUGUACCUGGCCACAACAUGCAGAGUAAAAACUUUACAGCAUAAUGAGUUGGCUGAAGCUGUGGUUGAGCCAUGGUGCUCUGAAGGGGACGCAGGUUUGAAUGUAGCCUGCAUCAUUUCCUGAUCCCAUUCACCUUUCUUUCCUAUAAUUUUUCACUGGGCUGUCCCAUAAAGGCAAAAUGCACAUAAAUAAUAAUAAUUAAAAAAACUAAGGUUUUGUACCUAGCCAGUCAUUGUCACACAGGCAACUUCCUGUAGAGUAACAGAAUGUGUUACAACCUCUGUUGGGUUUUUUGACUGUAACACUGGAUACAUAUUUGUUAUGUAAAAAACAUCAAAUAACCAACAAGCUCCUUUAUUAUUGCUCGUAAAAAUGCGGUGUCUCUUAAAUGGAUAUUAAACAGCAUCCACCUA